AUUAAUUUUGCAUUUUUAAAAAAAUACUAUUACAAUCUAUUCCAAAUUAAGUAACAGUUCAUUAAAUAUAUCUGUUAAAAAACGACUGGUUACAAUUAACGUAUAUAAAGUAUGUUAAACGUUAUUACAGUGUGCAGGAUGAGAAAAAAGGACAAAUUAAAUUUAAUUAAACUAACCAAGUUGGUACCUAACCUAUAAGAUCGAUCGAAACGCUUCAUAGGCGUCUACCUGCACCGAGAAAUAAAGCUUCGUUUAAGAACUUGUUAACCUUGUAACCGCAAUUUUACUGGGUUAAACAAAAUGACCUUCGCGUAAGUUCAAUUGGGAAUCGCGUCUCAGCAUGACAAAAAUAACUCGAACUGUCAGACGCUCGCGGAAGCUCGACACCGGAGUGAUGUAGAUACCAGCUGAUGACAUAAGAUGAGCAUGCCAUAAUAAUAAUGCGCCUCAGAUUUGUUAGGGCGGUUCUGGUGCUCGCGUUGUUGGGCAACAUCAUCGUCUGGCAUAGGAUAUGGCGGCUUUUUGCGGCGCAAAACACCCUGGGUCUAUUGACGCCGAAUGUCGGGACGAACGAACCCCCGCAGAAGCUUCAUCGACGUUUAGCCCGCCUUGUCACUAUUGUCAUCAGGCAAUUCGAGAAUUUUGAAAACGAUGUAGCGUCCAUGGUGGAGUCAGUUUUGAAUUCCUUCCCUGAGAUACCCGUCCUAAUAGUUUGCGAUGAAGUACCAUAUCCACCACUGGAGUUAGACUUUGCCAAUGAGAGUAUGAAGAAUGUCAAACUGAUCAGUUUACGGCCUGAGUUCAAUAAAUCCUUCGACGAGAGAAAUCCUCUCUUCUAUAUACGCACCAAGUUUGUCCUGUUUCUGCCUGAUGCAACAAGAUUCUCGACCAAGCAAGUCAUACAGGAAACUGUCUCGCAAGUGUCAAAUUUAGGAGUAGUUAUUGUACCAGUAGGGAAGAUUGCCUUGAAUUGUCUUGAAUUAGAUUUAAGGGUGAAAGAAUGGAGUUUGAAAAUAACACGGAUUACAGGGACAGAAUGUGAUAGUGUAAUGGGCAAGCAUGUAACUGUGCUUGAAACAAAAAUUUUAAGGAGAUUAUCGGAUCCAUUUUUGUUACCCUUCACAGACGCUUUGUAUAUCCAGAUGGCAGCUAUUGGUGUAAAGGUACAUAUAUUGAAAAGUUAUCACUUCAACGAGGGAAAACCGUUAUAUAGAAACCAACAAGCACAAUCUAAAGUGCAGCAGUUGUAUCGUACACGGGAGCGAUUGAUGUUUGAGAAAUUGGGGAUAAAGAAAAUCACAAGAACUUCCGGUUCCAUGGAGUGGUAUGGUUGUUCACGCGAAACUGCGAGGUGCUUUGGUUCUGUAAUAAACGGCGUACCGUCGUACCUCCAUCUACAUCGAUAUACGCCGCCUUGUUGUUUGGCUGGACUGAGAAAAGUCGCCCAUCACGUUAUCGACAAAUUGGAAGAAGUCGGCAUACGAUUCUGGUUGGAGGGUCAAUCGCUGUUGGGAGGAAUGAGACACGGUGAUAUUUUACCAUGGGAUCAUGAAGUACAAAUCGGAUUGAACCGCGACGAUUUAGCGAGAUCACCGUGGUUAGUCAGAGCCAGGAGUAAACCGGUUGUCGACGAUGAUGGUUUCAUCUGGGAGAAGGCGACGGAGGGCGAGUUCUUCAAGGUACAGUACUCCAGGAUUAAUCGUUUGCACGUGAACCUGUUGCCGUUUUAUGCGCGCAAUGGAUCCAUGACUAAGGACGCGUGGUUCCUGAAGAACCGGGACUUCCCGGAGCAUUUUCUCCAUCCGAUGUCGAGCAUCGAGUUUGCCGGUAGACAAGUGCCAUGCCCAAAUAAUAUUAGGGACUUUUUAGAGCUUAAGUAUUUCAAAGGUGUGAUAGAGAAUCCGGAAUUACCUGGUAAAUUUGUUUUUAAUUAAUCCGUUUUCGAAUAACUGCGCGAAUUAUUCGCGGUAGUUUAUGGCAAUAUUUGUUGUCUCACUUUAUCAUGAAAUUGGUACUUGUUGCGGCUAAGUCGCAUUUAUUGUUGCUAUCGAAUUGAUAAUAUCGAUUAUGCAUGUAUCUAAUGAUACUAGGAACUAUUUAUGCAUGAAGAUAUUAAGAUCUGAAUAAAAAUUGCAAUUCGACAUUUUUGCAAUGUCUCCCUUUUAAGGGAAUGUUGUUUCAUAAAUGCAUUUCUAUUUGCCUUAUUCGGACUCUAUUUCAAUAAGGAAUAAUGACAAAUAAUUGUUAUCUCUAGAUUUCUGAAUAAUUCAGCUUAGAAUAGUGAAAUUCACAAGCUUUCUUCUUGCAUGAAUUGACCUGUUAAUAUUGUGCCAAAUAAAUUAGUAUUUUUGAUUAGAUCUUAUCGAUAUAGAUGUGAUACAUUUUUCAAUACAUUCCAUAUAAAUAUUAACUUUUAACUAGCUUUACUAUUGAUUCAUCAGUAGAUGCCAUAUGUAGUCCAUUCUAGAAAGAGAGAGAGAAAGAGAAAGAUUUAUAAAUAUUUAAUAUUAACGAUUUUAAACAGAUUUAGAAUCGCAUGAUAUUUUAAAAAUAUUUUAUUCGAUUAGGAAGACAUUUUUUAAU